GACAGACUGCAUAAUCUUCGUUGUUCUGGACAUACAAAACGGUGGGAUGACCAUCGAACAUCUUUGAUCAUUAGUUUGCUCCACAAGGGGAUAAACAGCAAAGUGCCACCCGUUAUGAAUAUUAGCAGAAGAUCCAAGCUUUCAUAGAUUGAAGAAUACGUAUUGUAGCAGUGGGCUCCUGUAAAAUUAAGUCACUGAAGCAGUUUCGAUUUCCAGGCAAAGCUAUUUAACAAUUUGUGUGGGAAUUUUUUUCCAAAGAUGCAUGAACAAAAUUACCUGUUUCUCAUCACUCGUUGAUGGAUACUAAGAGCCAAUACCUACAUGAUUACAAUUCAAGAGGAAGUUUAACUGCGUCGAUCUUACCAUUCUCGGUUGGUUUGCGACGACAAUGAAUAAAAUCCCUUCCGCUUUAACAACUGAAAAAAAAAGCAGCCUAUAAACGAUAAUUCCUUCACUGUAUAUGCGUGAAUUAAGAACCUUCUGCAACAACCUCAAAUAGAUCAGAACCUUGUGAGUGGUAGAUGGACACCGUUCUCUGAACUGUAUUAUAAUACUUAACUUGACAUCGAUGCGAUCUCGUUUCAGUCGUCUUUGACUAAUGAGUGAAAUUUCAUUUUUGUGAUGAAAACUCAAUAACAGAAAUAAUAGAAAAUUUAAGUGUGUCCAAUGAGCUGGCGUUAAGAUGUGAUCAACCAAUCAGCGGUCUAUGGUUGCCUAUAUAGUGUCUGCAGUUUCUAACAAGCAACUAGAUAGUUUUGUAUAUUUUUCAGCAAGUGUAGGGCGAUUCCAACUCGUGAUACAAACACUUAGGACGGGAUCAAACCGUAACAGAAAUUUUCAACUGUGUUUAAGUCAGAUCAAACAUUUUAAUGUGUAACGACGAUUUUGCCGCUUUGGUUGUUGACAAUGGAUCAGGUAUUUCCAAAGCUGGAUUUGCAGGAAAUGAUUCGCCUAGUGCUGUAUUUUCCUCCAUCGUUGGUAGACCAAGACAUCAAAGUACCAUGGUCGGUAUGGCUCACAAAGACUUUUACGUUGGAAACGAAGCCCAGAACAAAAGAGGCAUCCUUUCUUUGAAAUACCCCAUUGAGCAUGGUAUUGUUACCAACUGGGAUGAUAUGGAGAAAAUCUGGGAAUAUACCUUCUACAAUGAGCUCCAUGUUUCUCCCGAAGACCAUCCUAUUCUCCUCACAGAAUCCCCUCUUAAUCCUAAAGUCAACAGAGAAAAGAUGACAGCGAUCAUGUUCGAGACCUUCAACGCUCCUGCAAUGUAUGUUGCAAUUCAAUCUGUGUUGUCUCUGUAUGCUUCUGGUCGGACCCUAGGUACUGUUAUUGACUCAGGCGAUGGAGUCACGCACACGGUUCCCAUCUAUGAAGGUUAUGGCCUUCCCCAUGCUAUGCACCGUUUGAAUUUGGCUGGCCAUGAUCUUAAUGAUUACCUCCAAAUGAUAAUUACUGAGCGUGGUUACUCAUUCACCACAUCUGCCGAGAGAGAAAUUGUUCGUGAUGUCAAGGAGAAAUUAUGUUAUGUUGCAGCUGACUUCGAAGAGGAGCUGGUUGCUGCUGCCUCUUUCUCUUCCCGUGAAAAUAUCUACGAAUUACCUGAUGGUCAAAUUAUCACCAUUGGUAAUGAAAGGUUUAGGUGUCCAGAAUCUCUAUUUCAACCUUCCUUUCUGAGUAUGGAAUCCGAUGGCAUCCAUGAGAUCACAUACGAUUCCAUUAUGAAAUGCGAUGUUGAUAUCAGGAAAGAUUUGUUCGCCAACAUUGUCUUGUCUGGAGGUACCACUAUGUUUCCGGGCAUUGCCGAAAGAAUGCAUAAAGAAAUCACUUCCUUGGCUCUUGGAAACACGAAAGUCAAAAUUGUUGCUCCCCCAGCACGAAAAUAUUCCGCCUGGAUAGGCGGCUCUAUCUUAGCUUCCUUCUCUUCUUUCCAGCGAAUGUGUAUUGACAAGGAAGAAUAUGUUGAUUCUGGACCGUCUAUUGUCCACCGCAAAUGUUUCUAGGAAGUUUUUCUUUUUAGCCCUUUGCAACAACAAAAUCGCAGAGUAAAAUUUGAAAAGUAUGGAUUUCAUUGAUUGCAUGCUUUGUUGCCAUAGACACAAUAACAAAGCUCACUGUGUGUGUGUGUGUGUGUGUGUGUGUGUGUGUGUGUGUGUGUGCGUGUGUGUAAUCAUUUUAUAUCAGAAAAAAGACUGGUUAGUAAUUUCGGAAAGCAACUCUAAAUGUACAAGAAUAAGUUGGUAACAUGGAACAUAUAUCUGGUACGAAGGUUGUAUGUCUCUUGAAAACUAGACUAAGUUAAAAAUUUGGAAAAAUUAUUUUUAAAUGACUUAAUUUGUACUUUACGAAAAAGGACUAUAAACGCAUAGCAACCAAGAUAAUGAAAAUUAAUUGUAAAACCACUGUUAAUUGAAAAACCAACAGAAACACUGAAUACUUGAACUCCACUAUAUUGGUGAUUUUGAUUUAGUUUAAUUGUAAAACAGAAAGAAUUUGCGCUGUAACGCAAAUUUGAUUGCAGCGAGGUUUCAUGACACCUAGUGAAAUGUCACAACAAUUUAAUCGUCUUUUUUUUAGUCCAUCUGGCCUUUUAGGUACAUUUAGAGGGUAGCAACUUUUGCAAACAUUCCGACUAAGACUCUGGACGGAUAAUUCUCCUUCCAAAGUCCAACGAAAUUUCAAAAGGUUUAUAGACAAUAUUGAAUGUGUAUUUUUUAAAUGCGUAGCUUAAGUCAACUAUAGACAGUUUCCCCUCCUCGAAACUUUUAAUGUGUUUACGCUUUUCAGUUGUACACUUUUGGGUUUGUUAUAUAAACUUAUAAAAGGGCAACAAACUCCAGGAUUACCCUUGGAGGUACAAAUUUAAGCUACGCUACUGUAAUUAUAUGUGCGUGGCCUCCUUCGGUUCUGAGUCACUACGGUUUUUCUGAGCUUUGGAAUUUCUUUCCAAGGCGCUAUUCUGAGCAAGGUAUUUCUCAAAAAGGACAAGUAGUUGCCCCAGCAUGGAAGUGUUCCCUCCCCCAUUGAACCGACGAAGUGCAAUGGAAAAGCAAGGCCGAUAAAGUUUGACACUUGCAUCGUCACAAGAAUUGUCUUCAAAACGAAAAGCUACGGUAUGGCAUCUUGUCCAACGUCCUAACAGUGCUACCAAUACAUCACCUUCGAUAGGUACAUUUUUAUCGAUCCCUGAAAGACAAAAUUGGUUUCGGUGGGAUUUGAAAUCUGAGCGCACAGAACCUAAAGAAAUAUCGCGAGGCAUUCUAUCUGAUGCUCUGACGAUUCAACCAAUUCUGAUAUACACUCAUGCACACACACGCACAUCAGUGUAUGUGUGUCCCCAUCCGUUUAGAGUUAAC